UUACUGUCCCCUUCUUCUCCCAGACAGACCCUGCCCUUUCCUUUCUGUCGCCCUGUCUGUGGAUUCUGUAUUGGAGAGGUUUGGGACACUGACAAUGGGAAGCUUUCUUUACGGCCUGCAAUGCUGACACUCCUGUUCCUCCUGUUGGGAAUUUAUGUUAAGUGUUCCCAGUGUCCCCUUUGAAUGUCUGUCAUUAUGGCGAAGCGUGAGACUGGCAGCACCAGCCCUGUGGUGAGGCAGAUAGACAAGCAGUUCCUGGUCUGCAGCAUCUGUUUGGACCAUUAUCACAACCCAAAGGUGCUACCCUGCCUGCACACCUUCUGUGAGAAAUGUCUACAGAACUACAUCCCUCCCCAGUCUUUGACACUAUCCUGCCCAGUGUGCAGACAGACUUCUAUCUUGCCAGAGAAGGGUGUGGCAGCCCUGCAGAACAACUUCUUCAUCACGAACCUAAUGGAGGUGUUACAACGAGACCCAGAGUGCAGCCAGCCUGAGGCGGGCAAUGUUCUUGAGUCAGCCAACGCAACUACAACCUGUCAGCCCCUUUCUUGCCCUAAUCACGAGGGCAAGGUGAUGGAGUUUUACUGCGAGUCAUGUGAAACAGCCAUGUGUCUGGAGUGUACAGAAGGAGAACACAGGGAACAUGUGACGGUGCCGCUAAGGGAUGUGCUCGAACAGCAUAAGUCAGCCCUUAAAGGUCAGCUGGACACUGUUCGCAACAGACUACCUCAGCUGACAGCUGCCAUUGACCUUGUGAAUGAGAUCUCCAAGCAACUUACAGAAAGGAAAAAUGACUCUGUGACAGAAAUCAGUAAUACUUUUGAUGAGCUGGAGAAGGCCCUACACCAACGCAAGACUGCUCUCAUUACUGAGGUGGAAAACAUCUGCAGCACCAAGCAGAAGGUGCUUCAAACUCAGCUUACCUCUUUGCUUCAGGGCAGAGAGAACAUUCAGAGUAGCUGUAACUUCACAGAGCACGCACUGAGCCAUGGGAGCGCCACUGAAGUCCUUCUGGUCCAAAAACAAAUGGGUGAGAGGGUGAGUGCUCUGGCAAGACACAGCUUUCCCGAGCAUCCUCAUGAAAACGGACAUCUGGAAUGCCAGGUGGAGACGGAUGGAUUGAGGCGCUCCAUUCAGAAUCUAGGAGUCCUGAUCACAACGGGGGCUGUAGGCCAUACCAGCGUUGCCACCGGUGAAGGUCUGCGACACGCACUAGUUGGCCAACACACCACUAUCACAGUCACCACUAAAGACAAAGAUGGAGAAUUGGUGAAGACUGGUAACGCGGUUCUUAGGGCAGAGAUUAUCUCCGCGGAUGGGGUGUGUACUGAAGCUGAGGUGGUGGACAACAAAAACGGCACCUACGAGGUCGGAUACACUCUCCGCUCUGAGGGAGAAUUCACCUUCUCUUUGCUGCUGUAUGAACAGCCUGUGAGGGGGAGUCCUUUCCGUUUGCGUGCUGUCAAACCGUCAGAUGUCCUGCAGUCGCCAGACGAUGUGAAGAGACGAGUGAAGUCCCCAAGCGGAGGAGGAGGUCACGUUCGCCAGAAGGCCGUGCGCCGGCCUUCCAGCAUGUAUAGCACCACCAAGAAAAAGGAAAAUCCAAUAGAGGACGAGCUGAUCUAUAGAAAUAAGAUUGGUGCUGGAAGAUUAAUGGGCCCCAAAGGUGUGGCUGUGGACAAGAAUGGACACAUUAUCACGGUUGAUAAUAAGGCCUGCUGUGUCUUCAUCUUCCAAUCAAAUGGGAAGUUGGUGACAAAGUUUGGUGCCAGAGGAACAUCAGACAGACACUUUGCAGAGAAAAGUGGUGCAAACAUUGCACUGGAUACAAAGAUUAGUAAAUCUGGCCCUGUUUUCAGUCCCCACUUUGUGGCUGUAAAUAACAAAAAUGAGAUCGUGGUAACAGACUUCCACAACCAUUCAGUGAAGGUGUACAAUGCAGAUGGGGAGUUCUUGUUUAAAUUUGGCUCACACGGAGAGGGGAACGGCCAGUUUAAUGCUCCAACGGGUGUGGCUGUGGAUGCCAAUGGAAAUAUCAUUGUUGCUGAUUGGGGAAACAGUCGGAUCCAGGUGUUUGACAGCUCAGGGUCUUUCCUCUCCUAUAUCAACACAUCAGCGGACCCGCUUUAUGGCCCCCAGGGCUUGGCUCUCACAUCUGAUGGCCACGUGGCGGUGGCAGACUCUGGGAACCACUGCUUCAAGGUCUACCGUUACCUACAGUAGAUACCCGAGAUAGCCAUCUUAAACACCGCAAGCACUGACGACACAACCAAUGUAUUCCACAAGGUGCAAUGAUUUUUCCAGUACAGCCUUUUGUGUGUCGCCUCACCUUACCUUUAUGAUGUGAAUUGACCAUAGACAGCAUAAAAGGUGGACGUCGCUUUUGUGACAUCAUCCAUCUCAUUUCAAAAUACCAGAUGUGAUGAGGAGGGGUGGGUUUAAAUCUGAAACUGCUUGCUCAUUGGCUAAUGACUUACAAGUGGUUAGCCAAUGAUUGGGAUAAUCAUAGUACAUUAAUCAGCAGAUAAUGAUCCUUUUUAAAACAUUGUAUGGCCAAGAUUUACAAAAUAGACUUAAUUUUUUAUUCAGUGUGCCCUAAAAUGAGUGACUAAGUCAUGAGGGAAGGGUUUACAGAGGUCAAGACAGAAAGCCAUUUUCCCAUAAACUUCUUCAUAAAAGUCUUUUUGCAAUUACAUCUAUUGCAUUGUGAUGGCCUUUAAGCUGCUGCUUGCACUGGCUUCCUUUUUGCUGACCUGGAAACUACGUCCAUGUUUUAUCCUGUCUGUGGAACUGAUGGUUGACUUUAAAAUUGAGUGACGUAGCGUACCUCGGAACAAGCGAUGACUUGAAGCUAUGGACUGGUUUUUGAAAAUCUGCAAAUACUGACGUGGAUGGUAUUCUUAAACAACACUUUGUGUGAGAGCAGACAGGGUAGGAGAUAGUUGGAACUAUUUAAUCAGCCAUAACUCGUCCAGAUGCAUGAAGCUUUACUUUAUCUUGAUACCUAGACAACAACACAGUGCACCCAUUAGUUGCUUUCUCAUGAACUAGUUAAUGCUUACAGUGAAAUAAACAGCGCUAUGCUUCUCCAGCAAUGAAAUGUAAAACUUCUCAUUUACUGACAUCUCACAUAAGUGUCACCACCAUCUGUGCAUUGAUUUGCUGUAUGUACUGUAUAUACAUGAAUGUAUAUUGUGUAUAUUAGAUCACUCCCUAUGUAUGUGCUAUAAUUUUUUUUUUUUGAACACUCAGCCUUGUGGCAGACCAGAUCACAGGAGUCAAGGAUUUCCGGAUUUUAAACAUGUGUAUGGCAGCUGUUAAAGAGUGUGCUUUCAAACAUACCCAGCACAUGCUUAAAUGAAGAAUUGUCAUAUUUAUUGCUAUUGCAAGCAGCACAAUGAUCGUUUUUGUUAUUAUCUGUUAUCUUGAAGGGGAAAAACAAUGUAAAAUGCUAAUUUAUUUUAUUUUAUACUAGCUCAGCAUUUGCAAAUUAUUUUUCUAAAUAUUUUUUUCUUUCUUUCAAGCUUCACACUUUCUCCCUUUCCCCAAAUUAACCCCCUUAAAGCAGAAUUCAGUAUCCACCCGCAUCUGGGAAAUGUAGAUCAGUGUUUGUGCACCUGGGCAGCUCUUUUCCAAAGCUACAACCCUAUCUGGUUUUUAUUUACAAUAACAACAAAGAAUAUCAGUAUUUAGGUUUCUGUGUUUAGGAUUUUGGGUUCAUAGAAGCACUGGCUUGCCUUUAACAAUUCAAUAGCUUUUAUUCAAGUGCUACCACCUGGAUAGAAAUAAUACAGAUAUCUCAGGAAAUCCAUCCAAAUUUCACAAUAUCAGUGGAAGAAAAUUAAAUAGUUGUUUUUUUUUUUUUAAAUUUCAUAAACUCAUAGACAUAAUAGUGGAACAGGCACAUUGGGAGCUUUGCGAGAAAACUGUUAAUUUGUGCAAAUUUAAUCUGAAUCCAAGGUCAUAGCUUUUUGGGACGGAAGAUGAAUUCUGUUUUAUUGUGUUUGUUGCUUUGUGGUUUUCAUAUUAGAAACUGUUACAGAUGUAUUACCAGAAAUGACCGUUUAUGAGAGGACAUUGACUAGCAAGCACAUUCACGCUUAAGAGUACACUAUUUGUGAUACUGUUCUAAGCUUUCUGUCAAAUUGGAGUCUCUGCCUGGCUUCCAUCAUGCCGUGACUCUAAAUGAAGGACUCAUUUGUUCAUUCUAUGUAAUGUCAAACAAAAACACGGUGCCACAACAGAAGAAAGACCGAGUGCAGCCAAGACAGACUCCAAGUCUGACUUAAUUAAUCACAGUACUGUGCUGAACACCCAGACACUUCCAUAACCUUUCAGUGUGGAGCUUUUACUGAGCUGCAGGAUAUGACUCAAAUUCUACCAGUGAAGUCAGCUAGGAAGCUGUGGUUUUCAUGCACCUCGACUCGUUGCCAAACAGGAGCAAAGACAUGCUCAUCUUUUUGAGAUGUGUCUAAAGCAUUUUAUCCAACCCAGUCUUGUUUUCUCUAUGAAUAUGCACUGGUAAUAAAAGCACAUGAUUUACUGA